AUGGUGGACCAUGAGGUAAUCGCCUGCGGGCUGCGCUUCCGCCUUCGCACUGCAAGUGAACCCAGUGCCAUCGAUGGCACGAUCACCUUCCAGCAGGCGGCGGCGAUGUGGAAAUUCAUGGAGACGGGGCCCCACCAGGGCGACAUCUUUGCGCAGGUGGUGGACUAUGCCAACCCGCAGGACGCACCCGAGCGCCUCCUCCCGCACAGCCACCCGCCCGCCUGCGGGGUGCCGCCCGGCAGGGCGCUGGAGGCCGCGCUGCUGACGGGGCUGGCGGGCGUGCUGCUGGCCUGCCUCUACUCGCUGCUGGUGCUGCGCCGGCGGCGCGUGCCCGACACGCCCGCCGCGGCGGAAGACCCUUCUGCUCCCAUCGUGCUGGCAGACUUCCCAAGGCUGAAGCGGGAGGGCGGACCCACCUGCUCCCCGAGCUCCGCUGUCACCAAGGCAGAGGCAUUUCUGCGCUUUGCCGGCAUACACUACAGCAAGCAAGUGGGCUCUCCCGACCCCGCCCCCUCUCCCGGGGUGCAGCUGCCCUACCUUGACCGUGGGCCGCGCCAGCGGGUUGCCGACCCACACUUCAUCAUCAAGCACCUGGUCAGCUCUGGCGCCGCCCCUGCUGAGCUGGAGUUCCCGCCGGGAGCCAGGGACAGGGCCGCAGCCAUCGCGGUGGCCCGCAUGUGUGACACAGACCUGGCCGGCGCAGUGGACUUCUAUCGCUGGGUGGAUGACGAGGGCUGGGCACGGUGCCGCCAGGCGCUGAUGGGCCCCUCCCGCCCGCUGUCCCCGCUGGGCGCCGUGCUGUCGCGAAUGGCCCGCAAGGCCUGCUACACUCGGUGCUGGGAGGAGGGCAUCGGCGCCCACUCCGAGGGCGACCGGCUGGCGCUGGUGGGGGAGGAGCUUGGGGCGCUGAGCCAGCUGCUGGGAGACAGCCCCUACCUGUUUGGCGCCAGCCCUCACGCGGUGGACGCCGCCGCCUUUGGCGUGCUGGACCAGAUGGCGGCGCGCUGCCUGAACCCGCAGCUGGCAGACCUGCUGGAGCGGUGGCCCAACCUGGCGGCCUACCGAGACCGCAUCCGGCGGCGGUUCUUUGGGCAGGAGUACGAGCGGGUGGUGGCGUGGGUGGACGAUGAGGAGGGGGCGGCCGCCAGCAGCGGGCAGGGUGGCGCCGCGGGCGGCGGCGCUGAGCAGCUGGGUGGCGGCGGCAAGGCGGCGCAUGCCGCCGCAGCCAAGCUUCGGCGCAGGGCGCUCGUGAAGGAGGAGUGA